AUGGGAGUCAUCGUCCAGAGUAGGCGUGUGAGUCAGCCGCAGGAACCGGGUUGCUCUCAAUCGUCGAACCAGAGCGCAUUCUCCGGCACCCUGCAACCUGCAACCUCCCUUGUUUCCUCAGCCGAGCCUCAACGCCCCGGCAUGCAUUUCGAACUCUUGGCUAAUUCCCCGGGCGGUGGGUGGUCAAUUAGCGUGACUUUGAGCCUCCGUGUCUGGAGGUCCAAUGAGAGCCCGCCAACGAUCGCGCGGUGCACCCGUGGGGCCUACAAUUCGUGGGUCGUUCCGGGCGUCUGCACGCCAGCGCCCGGGAAUAAACUAGAACCAGAGGCCCGAGUCCAGCGCUCCCCAAUGGCAGUUGAGCCAGCUGCUCCCCGCAAGGCCGCAAGGCCCGACGACCGCUCUUUGGCCCUGCUUCUACGCUGCGCCAGCCCUACGAGCCUUGGAAAAGAAGCGGUGCGACGAGGGGAAUCCCUCCCCCACUGA